GACUCUGCUCCUUUCCCUAAAUUAUUACUAUCUUCUCUCUAUCUCUCACCAAGCAACUCUCUCUCUCUCCCUCUCUCCGGCGAGAAAACAUCUUCAGAUCGAAUCUUAAACUUUCAAGUCUUCUUCUUCUACAAGCAUGGCUAUGCAGAGGUUAUGGAAUCCAGACAGGUUUUAACCUAAUAUUAGGUUUAUUAUAUCCGAGAGAGAACUAGGUUAAAAAUUGUGUUAAUAGACCAGGCGAUUUGUGGGAUAUUAUGUCCGGUUGUUUACUACUCUUAAUGUAUUGAUGCUUUUAUUAGGAACGUUGUGAGAGUCUAUGUGACGGAGGUUCCGAUGAGCUUAUAUCUUCCACAGAUGCCUUUUACCUCAAGACAAGGAAGCCUUAUACCAUCACUAAACAAAGAGAGAAAUGGACUGAAUCAGAGCAUCAGAAGUUUGUUGAAUCUUUGAAACUCUAUGGCAGAGCUUGGAGACGAAUCGAAGAACAUGUUGGUACAAAGACUGCUGUUCAGAUUCGAAGCCAUGCUCAGAAGUUUUUCUCUAAGGUUGCUCGUGAUUUUGGUGUUAGCUCUGAGACCAUUGAGAUCCCACCUCCAAGGCCGAAGAGAAAGCCGAUGCAUCCUUACCCUAGAAAGCUGGUGAUUCCAGAUGCUAAAGAGAUGGCUUAUGGUGAGCUAACCGGAGCCAACAAGCUGGUUCAGGAUGAAGAUGACCGAUCUCCAACAUCGGUUUUAUCAGCUCAUGGCUCAGAUGGCUUAGGUUCCAUCGGUUCAAACUCUCCUAACUCGUCUUCAGCUGAUUACCAACACUCACCGGGGCAUGAGUUAUCAUCUCACACAGAGGAAUCACUGUCUCCAGAAUCAGAGACCAAACAAAGCCUUAAGCUCUUUGGAAAAACUUUUGUAGUUGGUGAUUACAACUCUUCAACUAGCUCUGAUGAUUCUGAAGAUGUCAAGAAGAAGCUAGACUCUGAAACACAUGAGUCUGUUCUAUGUUCUUCUUCCACUUCUUCUUCGGAAAACAUGGAAACAGAAAUGACACUUCGGGUAUCACCGGAGUUUAAAAGAAGCGAGAGAUCGGCUUUCUCUCAGUUGAAAUCGUCGGGUACCGAGAUGAGAGGGUUCAUGCCUUACAAAAAGAGAGUAAAGGUGGAAGAAAACAUUGACAAUGGGAAAAUGUCAUAUCCUCUGUGGUGAAAACUGUAAAUCCUUACUCAAAGUUAGUUGUGUAACUCUUUUGAUCUCAACUUCAGUUUCUGUGUAUAAAUGUCAGAGAAUUAGGGAAAGUUGUUUUUUUUCUUGGGUUUAGAUUCGUAAGAUCACUCCAAAGUUCCAUGCCUUCCCAUGUAAUUUAACCAGUCAGAAAUUGAGAUCCUUGUACUUACAUUUUUAUUUGAUCAAUCAAAUCUUCUUGAUA